AGCAUGCCAAAUUAUCCAGCAACAAAUUUAUAAAAAUUUCAAACCCAAAAACAGGAUGACAUCACUCACAGUAUUAACCGGUUGGCAAUUUUUGUCCAGCUUCAAGACCCGUUCAAAUCUCGUCGUUUGGAGUGUAUCCUCACUUCGGUGGUACGCGAAGCACAAGCCACCAUGUGACCCUCUUAAAGAAAACCCUCCAUGUAGAAGAGCGUAUGUUGAUAUACCUCCAGAAGUAGACCCCAAAUGUCCUGAACCUUGUGAUCCUUACGAGAAGCAGAAAGGCAUUUUGCAUAAAAUUAAAUUACGGAUUACUGAAGGAGGGACUAACUUUGGCACUCCAUUCCGCUGGCUUGAGUGUAAGCCAUGCAAAGCCGAAGAAGAAGAGCCAGAAAAGGAAGAGACCACUAAAGAAGUUGUGGAAAAGCCUAAGAAAGAGGUUAUUCCUUGUGUGGAAGAGAGACCAGGCUUGCAGGUGUCAGUGCUCGGCGCAGAUACUGGUGUUGGGCAAUAUGUGGCACUGUUGCUCAAGCAGUGCCCGUAUAUGAAAAAAUUGCGUCUCUAUGAAUCAAAAUGUCCCGAUGGCUGCACCCGAUGCCUGGGAAAUAUAGUGCAAGAUCUGCUGCACAUUAACACCAACUGCCGCAUCGAGGCGUUCAGUUGCCAGAACUAUGAGCUGGAACGGUGUUUGCAGUACUCGGACAUAGUGCUAAUGUUGGACUCGGCGUACGUGACCAGAAACAUGCCGGUUGAGGACCGGUUUGCUGCGCAAGCGCCCCUAGUCAAGUGCUAUACGGACGCGAUUGCCACCGAGUGUCCGAAGGCGUUUAUUAUAGUUGCCGCUACGCCUAUAGAGUGUAUGGUGCCUAUUGUCGCUGAGACGCUAAGAUCAACCGGCUGGUACGACCCAGCGAAAGUGCUGGGCUCGCUAGCCGUGCCCGAGAUGAGGGCCAGCACCCUGGCCGCGUUGUCCCUUGGCCUAGAGCCCCGGUACACGAAGGUCCCGUGCGUUGGAGGCACGGAAGGAGAAUCCUUAGUGCCGCUGUUUUCUAGGGCCGUCGACUACUAUGAAUUUUGCGAGCAAACCGCCGAGUACAUGACACAAUGCGUCCGGUCCGCCGAUGAAGCUAUACUGCGUUGCGAGGGCCACUGCGCGAGAUGCUCAGACCUCAGCGAGGCGCAUGCGCUGACCAAGCUAGUCAGCCAGGUUGCCCAAGCGUUGCUAUGCGUCGACAUACCCAGAGUCACGGGUUUUGUUGAGACGAAUUCCGUUCAACAGGUCUCACCAGCUAAGUAA